AAAAAAAUCUACACACCACACUAGCUGCUGUUCAAAAUUAAACGAAACACAAUAGAAACGUGCAUGUUCCACCACCAAAGUACCUUGUUAACGCCUUGUUGCCUAUACUGGAGAAUCUUUGUUUACUGGGAUCUGUACCGCUGUCAUCGGCAGAGCAGCGACGCAUGAACUACAACAACAACAACAACACUAUCAGAUGGUGAAAAAACAACACGCACCAUUUGAUAAACCAGUUCAGGUUGGGCAAAUUAUGUGGACCGUUUCGCGUGUGUGAACAGUUUCACAACCUGUGCAGAAGUAUUAGAAGGUCGUUCAGAGGAAGAUCAUAUCCGGUAUAUCCCACCUGCGCCGUGGAUUCUUUGCGAUAGUGAGAAAACUUGUUUUUUUUCUGGAGUUUGCAGCAUCCUGCUAAGUUAUACUCUACCUGUGCAAAUAAAUACGCAGUUGCUGAGGUUCAACAGGGAGACCGCUAGGAGGCGUAAAGUGCGUGUGAAAUAAUGACUAUCAAUAAUAUAUUAUGGUUUCGCCAUGGGCUUCGCUUGCACGAUAAUCCGAGCCUGCUGGAAGCGCUGAAGAGCGAUUGUAUCAAUCAUUCCAGUGAAGCGGUGAAACUGUUUCCGAUCUUUAUAUUCGAUGGCGAAAGUGCAGGCACCCGCGUCGUUGGGUACAACCGGAUGAAGUUUCUGCUGGAAUCAUUGGCUGACCUUGACCGGCAGUUUCGUGAUCUCGGCGGACAGCUGCUGGUAUUUCGGGGCGAUAGCGUAACCGUGCUUCGCCGACUGUUCGAGGAGCUGGACAUCAAGAAGCUAUGCUUCGAGCAGGACUGCGAACCGAUCUGGAAGGAGCGCGAUGAUGGCGUGACGGAGCUGUGCCAAAAGAUGGACGUCCGUUGCGUGGAGAACGUAUCACAUACGCUCUGGAACCCGAACGAGGUGAUACAAACGAAUGGGGACAUUCCGCCGCUAACGUAUCAAAUGUUUUUGCAUACCGUCAAUAUAAUUGGAGAUCCACCUCGUCCGGUUGGUGCACCGAAUUUCGAAUACAUCGAGUUUGGCCGCGUUCCGGCCAUACUUUCUUCGGAGCUGAAGCUUUGCCAGCAAAUACCGGCACCGGAAGAUUUUGGCAUUUUCUACGAAGGCAAUGCGAACAUCGCCUUCCAGAAGUGGAUUGGCGGUGAAACGCGUGCCCUCGAAGCGCUUGGCGCACGGCUGAAGCAGGAAGAGGAAGCGUUCCGCGAAGGUUACUAUUUGCCAACGCAGGCCAAACCAGAAAUUCUCGGCCCGGCAACAUCCAUGAGUGCCGCCCUCCGCUUUGGCUGUCUGUCCGUGCGCAUGUUCUACUGGUGUGUGCACGAUCUGUUCGAGAGGGUACAGUCGCACAGCCAGUUUAAGUAUCCUGGCGGACAUCAUAUCACCGGGCAGCUGAUCUGGCGUGAAUACUUCUAUACGAUGUCGGUACAAAAUCCAUACUAUGGUGAGAUGGAGCGCAAUCCGAUUUGCUUGAACAUUCCGUGGUACUCGCCGGAGGAUGAUUCGCUUGUGCGAUGGAAGGAGGGCCGGACGGGCUUUCCAAUGAUUGAUGCGGCAAUGCGGCAACUGAUGGCUGAAGGUUGGCUGCAUCAUAUAUUGCGCAACAUUACCGCGACGUUUCUCACACGCGGAGGACUCUGGUUAAGCUGGGAGGCAGGAUUGCAACAUUUCCUCAAGUACCUGCUGGAUGCUGAUUGGUCCGUGUGUGCCGGCAACUGGAUGUGGGUAUCGUCAUCCGCUUUCGAGCGAUUACUCGAUUCAUCCAAGUGCACUUGCCCGAUCGCACUCGCACGCCGGCUCGACCCGAAAGGUGACUACGUAAAACGCUAUCUGCCAGAGCUGGCCAAUUAUCCAGCACAGUUUGUACACGAACCAUGGAAAGCUUCCCGGGAGCAGCAGAUCGAGUAUGGGUGUGUGAUAGGCGAACACUAUCCAACGCCUAUGAUCGAUCUGGCUGUAGUGUCGAAGCGUAACGCGCACACGAUGGCCUCAUUAAGGGACAAGCUUGUGGACGGUGGUUCUACACCGCCCCAUUGCCGUCCGUCGGACAUUGACGAGAUCAGACAGUUCUUCUGGUUGGCGGAUGAUGCCGUAACAGAAGCAUAGGCGGAUUGCCUUUUUCCUACAAAGUCAGACAGGAAGAAAAAGCUGUACGAUAAACCGACCAAAUCGGAUUGGAAGGAUUUUAAAACGUUGAUUGGAGUACGAAGAGAGUUGUAUUUAGUUUUCCUCUGUUAUUAACUAUUGCUUUCCGACGGUGUUAAUGGGAUAAAUUUCGUAAAGAUCGUGUUUUUGUGGUAUCUAUAUAUAUAUAUGAAUAUUUUGUUUUCAUAGAAUACAAACCAGACAAACAAUGGUACAUAUGGCGUUUGUUCUAGCCGAGCUAUAUUUUUGUGUAGUGUCCAUUUUCUAGAUAAGAACUGUACGUGUACGUAGAUCAUAUAUGCGUUUUCCAUGGACCGUGUUACCAAGCAAGAGCGAAUCAAAUUCCUCUUCAGCCGGGUAUGGAAUAGAAGACUUACAACAGUCAACGAUGCCGACCAGAAUCGACGUGGCGGAUGCGUUCUCAAUUGAAAAUGUAUACCAAAUAUAUAAUCGUGUAAAAAAACAAUAAAACUCUAGUUGCAUUGGUUAACAAACAUAAUGCAGAACAUA